AACACCUUGGAAGCAGCAGGAAACCGCGCCAACUUCGCAGGGUCGAGCUUCAAAGUCAAGAAAGCAGUCGCUGGCGUUUCUUCUAGUGCUUCUAUCUUUCCGCUCUUCAACACCUGAGCAGGUCGAGGUUGGGGGAAUUGUCUAGCCACGGGUUUGGGCUGCUUUUUUUUCCGACUACCCAUUGUGACGACGACCGACCUAGUGAAGGAAAUGUACGCGUAAAAAUCUGGGGGUUUUCACCUGAAUAUUUAUUUGCAAGCCUUUUUGCGCAAUGUGUUUCUUUUACUCUUCGUCCUGAGUCGAAAUCUUUCAAGCAAGGACAAGCCAGCAGAAUGACUUCGGCGGAUUUGCACACGGCGCUGCUGCGGCCAGCAGUCAUUCAGAUCCUGAGGGCAGCUGGCUUUGGAUACGCCAAACCGGCCGUGAUCGACACACUCACCGAUCUCGCAGCGAGAUACCUGUUGCUUCUUAGCACGUCAACCGCUCAAAACGCCUUCAAUACGCACAAUACGUUUGUCGCCACAAUCCAGGACGUGAGGCUUGCGCUGAGUCAAGCCGGCGCUCUGACUCCGCAGAUGAGUACCGCCGAGGAAGGAUUGAGAGGCGAUGUGGAAGUUGACGGUGUGACGGUCUCGUUCGAAGACCUUCGCGGCGUUCAGGCGUUCGUCAACUGGGCUCAAGGCCCGGUCAACAAGGAGAUCAGGAGGAUUGCGGGUUUUGGAGACGAUGCCAACGUCGAGGAAAUAGCGGCUGGUCUUGAUGACAAGGAAGACUAUCUCUCCGCCCUGAAGAAGAAGCACAGCAAGACGGGUGAGGAGUCGCGUUAUCAAGGUACAGUGCUGGGAAAGGACAUUGAGCUACAGUCCGUGGCUAUAGUUGGAGGCCCAGCGGCAUCGCUCUCUGAAUGGGCGCAAAAGUCGUUGUCGCAAGCAUCAAAUGCAACCGAACCUACAGACGGAGACAGUCCCGCAACAUCAGGCAUUAGCAGCGCCCCUCCGACACCUAUUGACGAUGACUUGUCAAUGUCCUUUGUCUGAAAAAGUGCUGCCUUGAUAUUUGUGCCUUUUGCCCAGUAAGCUUUGGGUGAACGGUACCUAAGAAAUAGGACUGUGCGCCAAAGACAGACCAACCCGUCUUUGCUUCGCGAGAUUGUCAACAAAAGAUUCUGUUUGGCACGGUAGCUACAGUUAUGUGUCUUACUAUGCCUCGCUAGCAGUUUGCUUGCAAAAUCACAAAAACUACGGCGUACCAAGACAGGACGAUCCCCAAGACCUGGCUGAGCACUCCAGAAAGAUCAGCUACCCAAUCUGUGAUCUGAACUGAUGGUCAGUUUCGAACCAUUUGAGCCAUCAUACGAGCCGCUUUGCCAAACCCUAUUUAAUAUUCUGGAUACCAUUCGAUAGAAGCGAGAAAAAAUGGAAUCGAAAACAGACCGGUGUCCAGGAAAACAACACUCCAUCAGCAGUAUCAGAGGUAGCAGGCGGACACAAUCACCGCAACCCGCAUUAACCGUUGACUUGCUGGGGACAUUUGAGACAAGACACAUAUCAUGUGAAAAAAAUGGUGGAAUAUAUUAAGGCCUCUCUGCAGGAGGAAGGAGAAGAAGAAAAAAUCCAUUGGUAGCAACUCCUGCACUCCCCUUUGACGAUGAAGCCUUGUCACUCCGAGGGAUACUGCAAACCUUUUCAAGCCGGCAAAUUACCCAACUCCAUUACCCAUCUACAUCAUCACCAUCUCCAUUACCAUCCUCGUAUAGCUUUAUAGCUUUCUCGGCGAAAUAGCGGCUAGCCGCAAAUUCAGAGAAGCAAAAACAUCCUCGCCCUCUGAGGCCUCACCUGGUAUAAAGUUAGCCAGACAUACAGUGAC